UGAUUUUCCGCACGUUGAAAGCUCGACUGUAAACGCGUGGCCAGGUUUGCCACCCCUCCUUCUUUGUACUAUCACCAGACUACAGCUGGACUCUUAGUGUAUCACCAGUGACAAACAAGUUAGAGCUUUCCAGAAAACUGUUGAUAAAACAUCUGUUGUACAUCAUCUUUUAAAAAUCGUUUAGGUUCUUUUAAUGGAAAGAGAUUUGAGCAGGCCAGAGCAAUAGAUAACAGUAUACUGUGACUGUGACGACUCUUGCUUGCUCUGGUUUUGCCUAGGCCUAGAUCUAAUCGAGGAAUGCAACAGUUGGAGUUCGCAUAAAAAUCUGGGAAUAUUUGACUGACCAUAAACACUCAGGUUGACGACAACAUUAUCGGAGACUGUUCUGAUCGCUUCAGUGAACGAUGGCUACAAAGAGAAUAAAUAAGGAAUUACAAGAUCUCAGACGAGACCCUCCGGCAGGAUGUUCAGCUGGCCCAGUUGGAGAUGACCUGUACCAGUGGGAAGCUAUGAUUUUAGGACCUCCUGACAGUGCCUAUGCAGAUGGUGUCUUUGCUUUGUCCAUACAUUUUCCAACAGAUUAUCCCUUUAAACCACCAAAGAUUACUUUCACAACAAAGAUCUACCACCCAAAUAUCCAUGCCAAUGGCAGUAUAUGCUUAGAUAUACUUAGAUCUCAAUGGUCUCCUGCCCUCACCAUAUCAAAAGUUUUGAUUUCAAUAACGUCGCUGCUGACAGAUCCAAAUGCUGAAGACCCUCUUGUACCUGAAAUUGCCAAAGUUUAUAAAACAGACAGAUCAAAAUAUGAGGAGUUAGCAAAGGAGUGGACCCGAAAGUAUGCCUUGCAGUGAUCAUCGAGAUUGUUCUUUGCGCUUUCAAAUGUAUUCAUGCCUAAGUUAAUGCAAUUUAGUUAAUAGAUAUUUAUUCUGUGAGGUUUCUGGAGAGAACUUGUCUUGAUUUUAACGGAUGUUAAUCAAUUCUUGGGAUUUGGGAGGGGGGUCUCUUUCUGAGACAGGUUCUCUCUUCUUUUUAAAAAAAAUCUCUGUCAUUGCAUGCCAGUUGGGAAGGGUCUUUUAAAUGCAGUUAUGACAUUAUGUUUUCUCAGUUUGCUCUAAGAAAGAAUCACAAUAAUGUGUGUACAAGUUAAUGAUGUACGGAAAAUGCAAUUUGCAGAUACUUUUGGAUCACAAAUUUUAGGGAGAGAUUCGGGUCUUGAGAUUGAAAACUACCACUACCUGGCAGAAAUAAGACAACACUUACAUGCUCUGCUGGUGUUAAUGUUGUCACCAUUUGUUUUGACCAGUUGGGGAAAGUGAUGAUAGUUUGACACAGCUUCUUGCUUUGUUCUUGCUCACUAUAUCCUUUUUCUUUUCUUGUUUGUCUUUCAUAUGCAACUUCAUGUAAUGGGGUUGAAAAUAAGCCAGCAAAAUGUUGGAAAUAUUGUGCACAUCAGGAUCAUAGGAAAAUGAAAAGAAAAGGUGUUUUGUUUAUUUAUAAACUAUUUGCAUUAUUGUGAGAGAGUCGUCGGAGUGCAAUAGUAGUACUUGGCUUCUACUGCGGGUUUUUUUUUCUUUCUUUUGGACACAUCAACAAGAGUUUCGUAACAAUUCAGCUUUUGAAUUUACUUGCUACUGUGACUUUGCAGACAGGGCAAACAUGGUUUUAAUUUUAAGUUGAUUUUAGAAACAUCAACAUUUUUUACUGUCUUCAGUCUUAACAUAAUUUCUUUUACCUUUGUGUUUUUUACUGUGUAAAAAAAAAGAGACGGCUUUUAAAGUUUCAUUUAUCACUAAGAAAACAUAUACUUCCAGAAAUCCUAUCAGGAACAUUUUUGCGAGGAGAUGUCUGUGCAUGUGCCUGGACAAGGCAGCUCAAAAUAGAAUUAAACUUAUCCUACAUACCUCUUUCCCCCGUGUUUGUUCUAACUGUGUACAAUGGCUGUAACUUUUAUUGUUUGUACCCAUGUAAAGUUUGCAAGGUAGCGCCAGUUUAUCAUCAUUCGUCUAACAAUAAUGUAUUAUGUGCUAAGAAAAGUUUUCUCUAUUUUCCCCCUGAUUGGACCUCACAGUCUGUUCUAUCAACAAGACAGUGUUUCUUUUAGUUUAAUGAUUUCCUAGCUCCUCAGUUUUGUCGGUUGUUUUAUCAUAGGUACAGUGCCACAUUUUAUAUAUAUGCGAACUGGAAAUUCUGUUAUCCCCCAGCAGAUUAUUUGAUUUGCCCACAAAUAAAUUGUCAUUUGUGUUUUUGUUUGAGUAAUGUUCUGUCAGGGGUUUUUUCCCCUUCGUUUCAGAAUCUUUUCAAACUGAUAAUUGUUUGUUUUUAUUUAACAAAACUGAUUGACAAGGAUCACGGUAUAUGCUGUAUUAAUUUUAACACCUCAAAGUAGUUCCUUUUUGCAAUAUAAAAGGUUCCUAGGACAAAAUCUUUCAUAGAGCUGUUCAAUAGGCUUUAGUGUUUGCCUGCAAAUGUGUUUAGGAUAAAAGGUUGAGGGGUUUUUUUUCCCUAAGAUAGCACGACCUCGACUAGCCAAGUGUAUAUUCAUACAAUACCCUUUGGAAAUGAGUGAUUUUGACUGUUCAGUCGAACCAUAUAAAUUGGCUAUAAAUGCUUUUGACUACCGAUAUGUCUUUUACUUUUUCACUUUUUCUAUGUGAAGUAACUACGUUUUUGGCCAUUAUUUAUUUCCAAUAGAUGCUUUUCUCCUUUUGUCAGAACAUUCGCAAAACAUUAAUGUAUGAUGAUCUACAGACGUGUUUCUAAGUCAAUCAGUAUUUGGGGAUUUUCUUCGCAACUGGUACUACUAAUUGUUUCACUUAUUAAAAUGUCAUUUUUACUCGCGAUUGAUUUCUGAGAUCCUCAUCUAGAUAGUUUUAGAACUCUGUGGCAUGAACCUUUUCAAGUUACCCUUGCUAGUGUUGAGCUAUAUUAUUGAUUCUACCUCAUAAAGGCCUGUGACAAUACAGACAGACAGUAGAGUCAGUUUUUAAACAGAUAUCUGGGAAAUGGCCUGGUUUUCUUCGAUUUUGAAAUUUCGCUCAAAUAGAAGAGUAAACAAUCAGGGACUUUAUGUUCUUUCCAUUUAUCACUGUUUUCGGAUUAAAAGUGUUUGGGUUAAGCAGACUCUACUGCAUCUCCAGUGAGAUAUAAAGGUGGUAUCUUGAUUGUUGUUUUGGACAAUGACUGGUAUUAUAGGUGAGACACAGUAGCUUUUUCUUUUGUUUGGUGUAUUGUAAUUUUUAGAACUUACAGCUAAUUAUAUAAUUUUUCAGGGUGUUUUUAAUUUUAAAGUCCUUAUUGAGAACAGAAAGGAUUGCAUUACAUGUAACUGUAGCCUUUUUUUUUUAAAGCUCUUCUGACAAUUUUCAAAGAACAGUAUCCAUUGCUCAAUUUUUUGCAGUUCUGUUGCAACUGACAUAUAUAUGCUUAUACUCUACAGUAUCAAACACUUUAUCAGCAUUGUGACCAUAAAGAAAAUUCCAAAGUAUUGUAAGGUGACCAGCGUUGAGGAAAAUUGUCAUAUCUCUGUACAAUGGAAUAGCACUGUUGGUAUUUUCAACACUAAAAUGAUUAAUGGCUGGACUUCCUGUGAAUGUUGAAAAUGGAAUCAGUAUGUCUGUUACUUUCAAAGGCCUGAUUUUGAAAUGAUUUUCCAGUUUCUAUUUCCAAAUUUGAGUCAGGUUCUUGUUUCAAAGAAAUCGUUUCUGGGUUUGUCCAGGUGUAUUUCUAGAAAAUGCCAGUUCUUCAUAUCCAUAGAGUGCAGAGAGUUAGGGAAGCAUUGAGUAUAGAGAAUUUGGGAAUGCUCAUCAAUGUAGGAAAAAUGUGUUGCAUAUAUAUAAGAUGAUGUUAAACUCCAGUUUGAUUGUAAUUUCAAAUCAGUGUUGGGUUGGGGGGAGGGGGGCAGGAAAUCCCAUAAAUAGACAUGUAACUCUUUCCUUGUCUCAAGUAGUAUUUUUUAUUUUCCGUUAUGAAACUCAUGUCAGACGAAGAUUCAAUUUUCCUUGGCAUCUGCGAGGGACAGGUUAGCGUCUGCCUUAGACUGAAAAAGUUAUGUCGCCCCUGUGCAUCAGAAAAGGGGAAGAUUAUCUACCACUGGCCUAGGUCGUGGCAUGCUGAGAUGCCCAUUUUGUUUUUCCGUCUUUCAAAGCUGCUGUCUCAACUAAUUUGUUUAGCUUGUUAAAUAUACAGCUUUAGCAAAUCACAGAGUGGAAAUGUUAACCUUCAGUUUUAUAAAUCAUAAAGCAUUUACUGGUACUCCGUACACUUUUAUAUUUUUCCUAUUGGUGCUGAUUAUAGUGUUACUUUGUCAUAGCUUCACACAGGUAUUGUUUUGCAUGUAUGUGAUGUAAAAGGAGCCUACAAUUAACUUUUCGACAGUAGCAGCAUGGAAUCUAGGAGGCUUGAGAUGGUGACACAUUUUUUUUACGUUUCACUUUUUGAUUGAUGAAACAUAUGGUCAUAUCAAAGUCUGCUCCCAUACUGGACAAAGAUGGCACUACAUUAUAUGUUGGCUUUUAAAAACGUGUGGAUGUCAAUUUCGUUGUUACAGCUUUUAUAUUGACCCCACACCCUCUGAGGCUUUUGCAGCUCCUUUUUCAUUGGGGCAUUUUGAUUUAUCUUUAUAGCUGAAAAUUUUUAUUUGACGCUGUUUGGUAUCAGCUGCAGGAGGCAUAUGCUAGUAUGUCUUUCAUUUAGUUAAAUUAAAUUAAUUUAAAUGCAGCCUUAAUUCAAAAGUUGGUAACACAAGUACAUGUACCGGUAAUGCAUUGUCUUCCUCCGUGGUUCCCUGUCUAGCCCAUUGAUAUAUUGAUAUAUAUAUAUAUAUAUAUAUAUAUAUAUAUAUAUAUAUAUAUAUAUAAAAUAUAUAAUAUGUAAGCUCAAUACUGGGUUAUGUGUAGGAUGAACUAUCUCUGGACAUUUAGUUUUCGGAAUGUUGAUUGAGACUAAUGUUGCAAUGUUUACCAUCAUCUCAUUCGUUUUGUGAAGCUGCUGCUUGUACCGAAAACUGAUGCUGGGGAAGGGCGACUUGCUUUUUUCAGCUGUGGCCAUAUAUCUGAAACAUUGAUACUCACCAUUGAAUUGUACAUGGGUGCACAGUACACAUUUUUUUAUUUUGUUGUUGUUAAUGUACCUUUCUCAUGAUGUACAAGUGUAAUAAAGGCAUACUGAGACUACCUAUUUGCAUUUUAUUUUACUUAUUGUUUUUUAUAUUCUGUUUUGUCAAGUUUUUUUCUAGCGGGCAAGUAAACACCUGUUUCCAGUGUUACAAUAGUUUAUGGGCUAUCAUUCAAUAAACUUGUGAGAAAUAUUAUCAGGCUCAGUAGUGUAAUGUUGCAUGGAAUGCAGCAUAUCACUGGUGGAGUGAUGAAACCUCGUAACCCGCUAUUUUUUCUAAUUUCGUUUUUGGGCUUAAUACUUAAUGUCUUCUCCCAGUCAGUCACAUUGUGUCAAAAACAGUAGUGCGUUGUUUCAUCACUCCCAGUUUGAGAGAGCGUCGUGCUUAUACGAGGUUCUGGACAAGCUUUCUUUAUGAACCGGCUUAAUUGAAGCGCUCAUGACUGACAUUGUCUGGUGCAUUUUAUAUACCUGACUGAAUAAAGAAAUUAUAUAUUUC